AUGACUUCUAAAAAAACAUAUAUAAAGUUCAAUUACAUCACUUAUUUCAUUCAAAUGCUCUUCUUCGUUUUAUUCAUUACACUCUCUUUUGCUGAAGAGACACUCAAAACUUCUAAAUGCCCAUUAACUGGUGACCCACACGAUGUUGAAAUAUUGAAAAUAUCAAGGAACACAAACACAGAAGAUAAUUCAUUUGAAUUCAUUGUUGAUAUCCAGGUGAAAAACCCCCUUCAUCAAGCAUUCUUUGAUUUCAGUGGUGAUGUUUAUGUUGACCAACAAUACACUGGCAGAAGAGAAUUGGAAUCAUUCCAACUCGAAGUUCGUAUUGGACAGAAAGACCCAAUUCCACCAGGAGCUUAUCAAUUUACUGUCAAAUACGCAAAAGGAACAAUUCCAGGUAUUGGUGAAGUGAUUUUCUACUAUGACAUUAGAUACGGAACUGGCGAACAAAAGCAUCAUGUUUGUCAAAUGACAGACAGACUUCGUUUUUAA